GUGUGAUAAUGUGUAAGAAGGGACACAAUAUUUACAUACACCAGCAGAUACAAGUUGAGCUAAGCUAAGGUAGAGUAUGAGAAUUUCACAAACAAUAUAAUCUCAUCUAUUUAAGGGAAAAUAUCGUAUAUUUUAAGGAAGAAUAGAUUAGUUAAUUAGUACAAUAAUUAGAAGCAAAUAUUGAUAAUUAAUGGCACAAUUAGAGUUAGAUAAUUCAUUGUCAGCAGCUUAUAAUACUGAUCAACGAGUUGAAGAACAUCAAAAUGAUCAACAACUUCAACCUCCUUCAAAACGGAGGCGAAAUCAACCCGGUAUGCCAGAUCCAGAAGCAGAGGUAAUAGCACUAUCACCAACAACACUCCUAGCAACAAACAGAUUCAUAUGUGAAAUCUGCAGUAAAGGCUUCCAAAGAGACCAAAAUCUCCAACUUCAUAGAAGAGGACAUAAUCUACCAUGGAAGUUAAGACAAAGAUCUCCUACAAAACCCGUCAAAAAACGCGUCUACGUAUGUCCAGAACCAACUUGUUUGCACCAUAACCCGACUCGAGCUUUAGGUGAUCUUACGGGAAUUAAGAAACAUUUUUGUAGAAAACAUGGGGAUAAGAAAUGGAAAUGUGAACGUUGUAGUAAAAAAUAUGGUGUUCAAUCUGAUUGGAAGGCUCAUGUUAAGGUUUGUGGUAGUCGUGAGUAUAUGUGUGAUUGUGGGACUGUUUUCUCUAGGAGGGAUAGUUUUGUUACACAUAGGGCUUUUUGUGAUGCUUUGGCUAAAGAGAGUGAUCUACCAAUUGGGACCGUUCCAUCUCUUGUGGGGUCAUCUCCUCAGCCUUGUGAAAUGCAAGAGAAUGAAGUUGUGGUAAAGAGCACCACAAGUUCUGCUACUUGUAGCACAAGUUCUAUCAGCAAUUACAAAGACAUUGAUCACAACGAUAACAACUACGACAAGACUGGUUUUCACACUAGCAUGUUCGCACCCUUGUCGGGUUUCACACCAUCAAUUUCCCAUAACCCGGCUUCCUCAUUUUCCGAUCUUUUAACAACCUCAUCAAACUCGAACAAUCUUUCGACUUACCCUAUUGAAACCUCAUCAAACUCGAACAAUCUUUCGACUUACCCAAUCGAACCACUACCAGUCCUCACCCUCUCUCCGCUCUACCAGUUUCCAACCCCUGCAUCUCUACUGCAAGACCAUGAUAGCUACUCGGCUGUGCUACCCCAGCAGCCUGUUAUGUCUGCCACUGCACUUCUGCAGAAGGCUACUCAGAUGGGUGCUGCCACUACUUCAGGUUCAUCUCAGUUUUGUGGCUUUGAUUUGAUCUCUCAGGACCAGAACACAGAAAACAGUAUUGUCAAGUUGGAGAAUCAGGGCACAGUUCCUGAUAGAAUUGGACUUAGUCUCCCGUCUAGUCGAAGUUUCGAUGAGUCAGGGCCUAUGAUGAGCGAUCCAUCAACGUAUUUUGGGUCGACACCCACAACCCUAGAUUUUCUUGGGUUAGGGAACUCUUCAGGUGCUGCACAUGCUUAUCUUGCUUCUAUUGGUAGCACAGUUGAUGUUGCUGGAGCAACAUGUGAGUCGGGAAAUGAGUCGAUUGUUAAGGUCUCUUGGGAUGCUCAGAAAACAGCCGACGACUCUGUUCGGGGGGAAUCUGGGUAUGGGCCUACCUAGGUCAUAACCCGAGUCAUUUGAUAACUAUCUUAUUGAUGUUGAAUUGUGUAGCAUAUAAAACAGAAGAAUGUUCACCAAUCUGGUUCAGCACACAUAUAGAGGUGGGUGUUCAGCUCUCCCUAUACUAUUAUCUUAGAUUCACCUUGUUUAUGGGACUUUGCUUAGUUGAAAGUGUGUAAAACUAGUAGUAGAUGAACUUCAUUGUAGUCCCUAGAUGUUUAUUUUUAUUUUUGGAAAUUCAUUUCUUGUAAUUUAUUUUGUAGUUGAACAAGUUUUUGUUCAUAUUUUAGAUAACAAUAGGGAUGUGAAGGAGUAGAAUACAAUAGCAGUAGCAUGUACUUGAAUAAUAGAAACCAGCUAGUGUGCAGUGUCUUUGCUAGGUUGAAUACUGAUUAAUAUAUUUGGCAAAUUUUUUAGAACAAA